AUGUCUGCUCCAUUCGAUUCACCGUUAAAUAAAAUUCUUCUUCUAUUAAUAUUAUUUUCGAUAUACAAAAUGAAUGAAAGUCGUUUUGUUUGGGAUUUUGGUUCAUAUUGUUUAAAUUAUUGUGCAAAAAUCAAAUAUAAAUUAACUGCUGUUAGCAUAUGUUCAUGUCAUUGGAUAUCAUCGAAUCAUCGACGAUCAACAAUCAAUGAAAUAUCACACAAUAAUAAUAAUGAAGAUCCUUUACUUAAAAAAGCAUUUUUCAUCAAAUAA